AAAUAUUACGUAUUUUUUUUAAUAUCGUUUCAGCCUUAUCGAUCUAUUCCUCUCAUUUUACCUGGUGCCAAGGUUACAAAAGAUAUUCCAGUUGGUUCCUACCUGAGGUUUGAUCCCUUAAGCCGAAGUAGUACAAGCUCACCUUCUAGCUAUGAUUCUAGACUGGGAGAUCCAUACAUGCUCAACAAGGUACAGCAAGCUAUAAUGGAAGCAGCUCAAACAUCUUCUGGUGCAUCUAGUCCAGGCAGAACACCAACUCCUGAUUUUAUUAAUCAAAAUGGAAUUCCUGUUUACUUGAAGCAAUACAAUACACCCAUCAACAUGUAUUCUAAUCAAGCCAUUGUUGAGGCUCUGGCAGCUCAAUCCGUUAGCUCAAGAACACCCCCGUAAGUGAAUUGGAAAGAAUUUAACUAUUAA